AUGAAGCGCUUGCUGACCCCAAAGGUCAGAGAUAUUGAAGAUAUUUGGAAGCUUCACAUCGAAAGAAUCAAAAUAAUGAGGAAAGAUGGAAACGCUCCAGUUGAUACUAUGGGCUGUCAUCGACUUGCAGAUCCUCUCGCGUCUCCUAAGGUUUUUAUCUGGAAACAAAAUUAUUUAAAUAAAUGUUCAGGUCCACAGAUUCCAAAUCUUGUUGGCCCUUAUGCUCUCCAGUCAGACUCGAGACGAAGUUACAGCUUCUGCAAUGGCGGUUUUUUCGUACUUCAAAGCAGAAAUAUGAAUUUGAAAUAGCGUCUGAAAGAACAUGGGUGUUCUAUCGAUGAUAUGAUAAAUAUCCCUACCGACGAGUUGGAGAAGAUUCUUUGUCCUGUCGGCUUUUAUAAGGUGAUUUCUUUUAGUGAGUUCAAAGGUGCAAAGCUCUCGCAUGACCUGAAAUAAAGUUUGAAACGGUUUUUCGCAUCGAGAACUUUGAAAAGUCAUUAAUGAAUUACAACGAUAUAGCCGGUUCCGCGCCAACUUGUCACGUUUUUAUUUUUCUCCGAGCCAAAGAACCCAUCUGGAAGCUUCUUUACGAUGCGCGCGGCCUGUUUCUGUGCAUGCGCCUUUAAUAUAAUGGUGAUAUCGCGUUUCAAACAGAAGGGUUCUGUAGCCGGAAAAGAACCAAAAUCGUGAUAAGCUGGCGCGAAAUAGGCUAAACCAAACCCUGAAACAACAAAAAGUUCUAGAAAAAAGCUGUCUACAUUCAAAAAACGGCCGCAGUUCUCAAUGAGAAGUACGAUGGAGACGUGCCAGAUUCUGUCGAAGGUUUUUCAGAAAUUAAAGUUUUAAGAAUUUUCCCAACUCUUUCUCAGGUCUUUGCGGACUUCCUGGGGUCGGACCGAAAAUGGCGCACCUCGUUUUGCAAAUUGCGUGGCAGAAAAACGAAGGAAUCGCCGUGGAUACGCACGUUCACAGGAUUUCCAAUCGUCUUGGUUAGUUUGUUCAAAAAAAUUGUGAAUUAUAAUUUUUAAAGGUUGGUUCACGACUUCCACUCCAGAGAAGACGCGUCUUGAGCUGCAGAAAAUGAUUCCAAGGUAAGGUUUCAGUCUGUUAUUUUUUUUUCCGGAAAUUUAUUUUUGUUGAUUAUUCAAAUUCAGAGAAGAUUGGCAGAAUAUCAACCACUUGCUCGUCGGUUUCGGCCAAACUGUAUGUCUUCCAGUGGGUCCGAAGUGUAGUUCCUGUCUUUGCAACGACAUUUGUCCUUCCUCCAAAACCAAGGUAAGCGCAAAAAAUCCGUGUGCUCUAUGUUAACAGUGGAAAAAUUGAAUUUAAAAUAAGACAGGUGCAAGUGUAGAGAAAAAUGUUUAGUGGUGAAUCUUUACCAAUGCCUAUCUCUUGUUUUUGUAUUUUGAUUUGAUAAAAAAGAUUUUCCAAAGAGCUUGAAUUUUCGAAUAAAAAUGGGUAAAAAAAACAUUAAUCUACUACUUGGAGCUUGUUUUUCCUUUUCAAAAUUCUAGAAUGUCGUAAACCGGGGAAAAAAUAUUUUACUAUAAUAUUUUCAAAAGGUACAACGAUGAUUCGGCACAUUUCUCUCCUAAAGAUAAACCGAAAAAAACCAGAGUUUAACUUUUAUAGUUGUCACGUCGCUCUUAUUUUAAACAUUUCUCCAUGAAUUGACUGCAUUUAGGAAAAUAUGGGAAAUAUCUUCAUUUUGGACCUGCUCUGAAAAUUCAUUUUUAGACGAAGGUAGACAAGGUCGAAGAAGAAACGGAAAGACAAGAAAUUGUCAAAAUACGAAAAAUUUCGUCCAAGGUAUACAUUUACACUUUUCUUCCCAACAAUAAAUGAAUUUUAAGGUUAAAACUGAGAUUUCUGCUCAAAAAUUGGUCCGAACGCGGUCGAAGAAGAUCAUUUGA